AUGCAACCCUUCCUAGCGGCCGUACUGCGGCUGCUCGUCGGCCUACUCAAGACCUGGCUGUAUCGUGUUUGGCUCGGACUACGGCCACCUACUUCCAACGACUGCUGUACCGUUACGCUCGGCCCGGGUAAGGUGCGUGGCCUUACGCAGGUGACGGCCGGCGGUACCCGCUACCAUGCGUUCAAGGGCAUUCCCUAUGCCGUGCCUCCGGUCGGUGAUCGACGGUUUCAGCCCGCAGUUCCGCUGGAAUCGUUCCAAACGCCUGUGUUGGAGUGUUUUGUUGAGCGUAGCAAGUGUUUGCAGUACGAUCAACUGCUCAAUGUGUUGGUCGGUUCGGAAGAUGGGCUGUUUCUUAAUGUGUACACACCGGCCCUGACCGGGAAUGACUCUUGUGGGCUGCUUCCCGUGAUGGUGUACAUCCACGGUGGUGGAUUCCUCAGCGGCAGUGGUGAUGCGUUCCUGUACGAUCCCGUGCACUUUAUGGAGCAGCGCGUAGUGAUCGUAACGUUCAACUAUCGGCUUGGACCACUUGGAUUUCUUUCCCUCCCUGAGGCAGGCAUUGAGGGUAACGCGGGACUGAAGGAUCAGUUGAUAGUGUUGCAGUGGAUCCGGAACAAUAUCGGUCAGUUCGGAGGUGAUCCGGAGAAUGUUACGCUGUUUGGUGAGAGUGCCGGAGCUAAGGCGGCCUAUCUGCAUUACCUUUCUCCGGUUUCUAGGAAAUAUUUCCAUCGAGUGAUCUGUCAAAGCGGAGUCGCUUGUUCCGACUUGGCAUUUCAAGUCGAACCAAGCGAGAAAGCCCGCAAGUUAGCCAAAUGUGUGGGUUAUGAAGGAUCAUCCGACCAAGAAGCACUGGACCUGCUCCUGAAAACACCUGCCAAAGAACUAUUCAAACACCAGCUUGCCACACUGACGGACAGUGAACGUCACGAGGAACUCCAAUUUCCAUUCCGUCCAGUAAUAGAACGUCCCCACCCCGGUGCUAUCGUUCUGCAGCAUCCACUCGACGCCUUACAGACAGAGCUCGAUCCACCCAUACCCCUCAUUACCGGCUGCAACAGUGGCGAAGGUAUGAUCGCACUCACCAAAGCCCAGCACCAUCUCGCGGAGUAUAAUGCUCACCCGGAACGACUUUUGCCACCAAUGUUACGCCUUCCCGCCAACGCAAACGAGCUCGGCAAGAAGGUGAAACAAUUCUACUUCCAAACACGUCCCAUCACCAGCGAUAUGCUCCCAGAGCUGUUGGACGUCCUGUCUGACAAUGAGUACGUUAUGGCCACGGUAACUGCUGCCGAGCUGGUGGCAAAGUUUCAACCGAAGGUGAAGCAUUACUGUUACUACUUCACGCACGACGGUCGGUGGGGAAAUUUGAAGCGAUUGCUGAAUAUGUACCAUCUGCCGGGUGUUUGCCAUGGGGAUGAUGUGUUCUACAUGUUUAGCUCGGCACUGAAUGCAACACUACCCGGAGAUGCAGAUGAAGUUUGGGUUCGGCAAGCGUUCGUGAGGAUGUGGAGUAACUUUGCGCACCGAGGAGAUCCAACGCCGGAUGAUGGUGAUCUUGCGGAGGGAUUAGUACGCUGGGAACCGAUUGAACCUUGCGCUGCUGUCCGUCCAGUUGUAAGUGUGCGACAGGGUAAGGUACGGGGCGUCACCUCGACCCUGCCGAACGGUGGCCAGUAUCACUACUUCAAGGGCAUCCCAUAUGCGGAACCACCGGUCGGGCGGCUACGCUUCCGACCACCCGUUGCGCUGGAACGGUUCCGCAAACCUGUCGUCGACUGUUACGCCGAGCGGGCCAAUGGGGUGCAGAAAGAUUUCUUCUCCACCUGGGUCAGUGGGUCCGAGUCGUGCCUGUAUCUGAACGUGUUCACGCCCCGGCUGCCGGGCGAGGCCGACACAACGAAGGGUGUGCCGCGGCUUCCGGUCAUGGUGUACAUCCAUGGCGGUGGGUUCAUGAGUGGCAGCGGGAGCAGCUUCUUCUACAACCCGGAGCACUUCAUCGAGCGGGACGUGCUGGUCGUCACCAUCAACUAUCGGUUGGGGCCGCACGGAUUCCUCUACCUGCCGGCCGCCGGCAUCCCGGGCAAUGCGGGCCUUAAAGAUCAGCUGCUGGCGUUGAAAUGGGUCAAUGAAAACAUUGCUCAGUUCGGGGGCAACCCGGACAAUGUAACACUGUUCGGCGAAAGUGCCGGUAGCAUGUCGGCGUAUUUGCACUAUCUAUCACCGAACUCGCGAAAAUAUAUUCAUCGUGUGAUUUGUCAGAGUGGAGUGGCAGUUACGGAAUCAUUUUUCCAAGUUGAACCGGAGGAAAAGGCAAGGAAGUUGGCGCGUUUCUUCGGUUACACUGGUGACAGCGAUCAGGGCGUUCUUGAAACGCUCCAAAAAGUGUCAGCGAAACAGUUGGCCCGACAUCAAAACGAAGCAAUCACCGAGGCGGAAAAGCAACUCGCCCUCAUCUUUAUCUUCCGGCCGGUGGUGGAGCAGCAGCAAACGGAGGACAGUAUCAUCACGCAGCCACCGUGGGAGCUGCUCAAAUCGUACGACACGCUGCGCAUGCCCCUGCUGGAAGGGUGCAACGAUGGGGAAGGCAUCUUGGCGCUGCGCAGUCUGGGCAAACGGUGGAAAGCGUUCGGCAAGGCACCGGAACGGUUUGUUCCGGUGCUGCUGGGAAGAUCGCCCCAGCUAGACCGUGCUGCGGUGGGUCGCGAGAUCAAGCAGUUCUACUUUGGCGAACGGCCGGUAAACGACCGUACGAUCGAUAAGAUGUGUGAUGUGCUGUCGGAUAACACGUUCAUCACCAACUCGGCGACCAGUGCGGAGUGGCUGGCCAAGUAUCAACCGAAUGCGCCCCACUUUCACUAUCGCUUCACGUUCGAUGGACGGUUCAGUAUGCUGAAGCGCAUCUUUCAGCUGUCGAAUGUGCCGGGAGCGUGCCACGGGGAUGAUACGCUGUACAUGUUCAAUCCGGGCUUUCUUCCGAAGCUGCCGCCAAACAGCGAUGAGUGUCGGGUGCGCGAUAUCUUCAUCGCGCUUUGGACCAGUUUCGCCAAGCACGGAGAUCCAACGCGUGAGGUCCCCGCCAACCUGGUCCCCGUGCGGUGGGAACCAGUUUCGAAGGUUGCACGCGACUCCGCUGACUUCGAUCUCGACUGUCUCGAGAUUAACACGGUGCCACGCAUGGUGCGCAAUCCAGGCGCCGGACGGAUGCAGCUGUGGCGCGGACUGCUCAAGAAGUACCGGGCGGACUAUCUGUAGGGAGCUGCAGGCAGGGAUCCUAAAUGCCAUCAAGCCAGUGUCAACCAGCGUACCAGUGAGCUACCGAAGGAGGGAGGGUAGUUAGGGCGUGGUAUUAACAGGCAGGUGUUAAUGUUGAAGCACAAAUAAACGCACGGCGUGUGAAAUGAUA